AUGGACACCGUGGACUUUGCGGAAGCGCCGUUUGAAACCAUCCGCGAGCGCUUUCGUGAUUUUGCCCAAGAUCUGAAUUUUGAGAGCAUAACGGCCAUUCCACUGUCUGCCCUCAGAGGGGAUAACAUCAGUAGCCGCAGCCCGCACACCCCCUGGUAUAGCGGCCCUACGCUUACAGGUUUUUUAGAGACCGUGGACGUAUCCCACACCGAAAUGGGCCACCGCCUGGUCUUUCCGGUGCAGUGGGUCAACCGCCCAAACGCCUCAUUUCGCGGCUUUAGUGGCACGGUUGCGCAAGGCUUUGUCAAGGUGGGCGAUGAUAUUCGCGUCACUGCCUCGGGCCAGACCGCUAAAGUCGCUGAGAUAGUUACCAUGGAUGGCCAGUUGCAGCAGGCCAGCAGCGGCAAUGCCAUCACUUUGCGCCUGAAUAAAGAGAUUGAUGCCUCGCGCGGCGAUGUCCUGUCGCUGACCGAAAAACCGCUGGAGAUGACCGAUCAGUUUGAGGCCACGCUGAUUUGGAUGGAUCAAGAGGCCGGCUUAGUAGGCCGCAGCUACGAGCUUAAACUCGCCACCCAAUGGGCCAAUGCGUCCAUCACCAAUAUCAAAUACCGCGUUGAUGUCAACACCAUGCUGCAUGAGGCCGUACCAAAACUCAGCCUCAACGAUAUUUGCAUCUGCACCUUGGCCACCAGCAAACCCCUG